GUUAGCCGGGUAGCCGACCUACUUCAUAACAGCAGGCGUUACAUCACUUUGGGUCGUGUCCCACCUGGGAAAUAUCGGCCUGAAGGAGUCACAGCGCUGCCAAAUUCACAUGAUAGGCACUGCGAUGUUAGCAUGACACACUGACCUGUCAAGACUUUAACAGAAGAGAAAAGAGAGAGAGCUGCGUUGACUUAAUUUGUUUUUGUCAAGACGCGACUGGUUUUAUCUUUACCCCACCCCCCCUCCUCCUCCUCUCCACCGAAUUCUGAGCCAAAAGAAGAGUUAUGUCCUGUCCAUGCACUUCGGCUGCCAGGUUGUUCCUAAACACUGCUCAUAGAGGAUUAUCCUGCUCCCGGAUUCAGCUGUUUUCUCUGAGUCGCCAGGGGUCUCGCGAAACUCAUUUGCCUCCCCGGGUCCGGGUGAGGUCGUUUUCAGAGACUGCAGUCUGCUAUGCCUCUAAAGAUGGGACAACAAAGGACGGCGGAAGUGAUGGUGGAAAGAAAAGCAUCAGUGAGGGGAAGAGACUCUCCGGAUCUGGCGGAUCAGGCAAGGGAGGAAGUCAGCUCCGAUGCCCUAAAUGUGGAGACCCCUGCACACAUGUAGAGACAUUUGUAUCAUCAACACGAUUCGUCAAAUGUGAGAAAUGCCAUCACUUCUUUGUGGUUUUGUCCGAAACGGAUUCUAAGAAGGGUCUGAACAAAGAGCCAGAAUCUGCUGCGGAGGCUGUAAAACUGGCAUUUGCACAGAAACCUCCACCUCCCCCCAAGAAGAUAUAUGCUUACCUUGACAAGUACGUUGUUGGCCAGUCCUAUGCAAAAAAGGUGUUAGCGGUUGCAGUGUACAAUCACUACAAGCGCAUCUACAACAACAUCCCUGCUGGGAGUCGACAGCAGGUGGAAGUGGAAAAACAGCCCUCCCUGACACCUCGUGAGCUAGAGAUGAGAAGACGAGAGGAUGAAUACAGAUUCACAAAGCUGCUGCAGAUUGCAGGGAUCAGCCCUCAUGGAAACGCUCUGGGAGCAUCAAUGCAGCAGCAGACGAGCCAGCAGGCGCCUCAGGAGAGGAGGGGCGGGGAGGUCCUGGACUCCACACACACUGAAAUUAAACUGGAGAAGAGCAACAUCAUACUUCUAGGUCCAACUGGCUCAGGAAAAACACUGUUGGCGCAGACGCUGGCACGAUGUCUGGAUGUCCCAUUUGCAAUUUGUGAUUGCACCACACUUACUCAAGCUGGAUAUGUGGGAGAAGACAUUGAGUCAGUCAUUGCCAAACUGCUGCAAGAUGCCAACUACUCAGUGGAUAAAGCACAGCAAGGUAUUGUGUUUCUGGAUGAGGUGGAUAAGAUUGGCAGUGUGCCUGGCAUCCAUCAGCUGAGAGAUGUGGGAGGAGAGGGAGUCCAGCAGGGUUUGCUUAAACUUUUGGAGGGAACAAUUGUCAACGUUCCUGAGAAAAACUCCAGGAAGCUGAGAGGAGAGACGGUGCAGGUCGACACAACGAACAUCCUGUUUGUUGCAUCUGGUGCCUUCAACGGACUCGACAGAAUCAUUAGCAGAAGAAAGAAUGAAAAGUAUUUGGGUUUUGGAACUCCCUCCAACCUGGGCCAAGGGCGGCGCGCAGCAGCUGCAGCAGACCUGGCCAACACCAGUGGUGAGACGGACACAGUGGCAGAGAUCGAGGAGAAGGACAGGCUGCUGAAGCUUGUCGAGGCCAGGGACCUGAUCGAGUUUGGAAUGAUCCCAGAGUUUGUCGGCCGACUUCCUGUGGUCGUCCCUCUGCACAGCCUGGAUGAAGAAACGCUAGUCCGAAUCUUGACUGAACCACGCAACGCUGUGGUGCCCCAGUACCAGGCUCUGUUCAGCAUGGACAAAUGUGAACUCAAUGUGACUACAGAUGCCUUGCGGGCCAUAGCUAGGAUGGCUUUGGAGAGAAAAACUGGAGCUCGUGGGCUCAGAUCCAUCAUGGAAAAGCUCCUGCUAGAGCCAAUGUUUGAGGUGCCGCACUCCGACAUUAUGGCUGUUGAGUUGAACAAAGAGGUUGUCCAAGGAAAAUCACAACCCAGAUACGUCAGAGCUCCAGCCAAGGAGUCUGCAGAGGAGGAGUACGACUCUGGCAUUGAAGAGGAGAACUGGCCUCGGCAGGCGGACGCUGCUAACAACUGAACCACGACACUCAUUUCACCUGAAGACAGUGCUGUCUGAAAUCAUUAGAUUACUAUGAACCUUUUGAUACCAUCUCUGGGUUUUCCUAUAGCCCCUGAUAAACUAAGCUGUGGACAUGUAACAGAUAUAAUGAAGGCUGCUGGUUCUCACCGAGGAGUGUUUUCAUAAAGAACAAGUUAAGAGAGUGUAACAACCUACGGUCCCGUGCAUCAGAUGUUAAUUCUCUAGCGGUGCACUCGCAGGGUGGACCUUUAUGAAAUAUUUCAAUCUCUGGGGAUUGUUAACAUUUUAUCUAUAUAAAGAUAAUGCAAUUUUAUUCACGAACAGAUUUGUAGCUAGUUUAUUUGUUUUCUCUUUUUGUGGUGAUGGGAUGUAACGGCAAGGGAAGCAAAUGGAAAUUAUGGGAUCAUACUGUACACUUGAAAACAUGGGGCGCUGAGAAAGUGUAGAUGUGAUGUUACCAUGUCAAGUAUUGCCUUAUAUCAUAAGGGCAUGAUAUUCCAUGAGCACUGUAAAUGUUGAGCUACACUGCUUAGGUAGCACUUGUAAGCAGUUUGUAUGACAUGACCUCUAAUUAGGAGAACACAUUGUAAAGUGUAAGACACCAGCACACUAAACAGAGAAGAAUAAUGCUCUUUUUUAACAGCCAGAAAUGGUUAUUUUUCAGUGUUUUGCUUCCUUCCUCUAGCCCACUCUUUAGGGAAUGUGUACGUGUUCACCUGUAGACCACUCUGUUACCGGACUGGAUCGGGAGUCUGUUUCACAAAGCAGGAAUAGCAAGUUACCCAGGGAAUUUCAAAGUGUAAGUGAGGUUUUAUGUUUUAUCAGCUAACCCACAUCAUACCUGACAGAAUCGUAUUCCUUAAAGCUGACCUACAAGCUCCAUUGUCCAAGAUUCAAUUUCAGUAUCGAACAGAUAGAUAAUCUCCUUCACUGUUAGCUGGCUGCCACUCAAAGCCUGCUUUAGUAAACACCCCUCAGAACAACACAGUUAUUUUAAUUUCCUGUGCGUGUGUGUGUGUGUGUGCGUGCGCUCCAACAGUGAAAAAACACCCUUAGUGAUGUAAUAUCCUGUUACUAAGUUGUACCUCAAUACACGUCUGUAAUCAAGCCUCUACCUAAAUGCUCUCUGAUGAACCACGCUGCUGUACUCUUUAAAACAAAAACAAAAAAAGCUGUUUGUGCUAUAAACUGAGAUUAAACUAGAUCUGUUCUCCCUUUGCUUUAAGUUUCCUUUUCUUUCAGUACACUCUCAAAACGGCUUUUCUCUAUUUUCAGAGGUCUGUUACAGAACCUAUAAACACCCUUAUGUUUGUGAAUCUUUAAAUUUAUUGUGAUUGUUAAAAAUAUAUAAAUAAAAUGUAUAUCUGUACAGAA